AUGGCCAACGCAAAUCCCACAGUCUGGUUCAUUGCCGGCGCCAAGCGAGGUGUUGGCUUCGAAAUGGUCAGCCAGCUCCUACAGUCUCCGUUCAACGUCGUCAUCGGCGCCUGUCGGACCCCCGCGAAUGCGAACGCCCUGAACACCCUCGCCGGGGCGUCCCAGAACAGGCUGCACGUACUCGCGCUCGACAUCACCGACGCGGCCACCAUAACGGCAGCGGCAGCGCAAUCGGAGGCGCUCGUUGGCAACGCGGGCGUCGACCACCUCGUCAACAACGCCGCAGUGUUGAAAGCCAGGCGUCACAGAUCUUUUGACGCACGGCGCCUCCCGCAGAAUCCGGGAGAUAACGACACGGCCGCUACGAUGACUGCAGAGGACAUGAUGGCGGCGUUUCAAGCCAACGUCGUCGGCCCUGCCCUCAUCGCCCAAGCGUUGUCGCCUGUGCUUGCGCGCAGCGGGAGGAAGGCCAUCGUGAAAAUCUCCAGCUCGAUGGGGAGCGUCGCCGCGCGCCACUUCCCGGAUAACUACAAAGCCUCGUACGCGAUCUCGAAAGCCGCUCUUACCAUGCUCACAGGAAAACUGGCGGACGCGUAUCCAGACCUCACUGUCAUUUCCAUGUGCCCUGGGUGGCUGCAGACCGACAUGGGCGGCUCAGGCGCAGCCUUUCCUGUGUCGACUGGGGUGGAAGGGAUUCUCAACGUCACUCGAGAACUCAAGCACGACGAUUCUGGCUCGUUCUUCGACUUCACUGGAAAGCGUGUGCCAUGGUAG